CCUGCUCGGAGCCCCGGCAGUAGCCGGCUCAGCGGCCGGAGCUGGCGCCGGCCUCUUGGGCUGUGUGGCCAAGGGGCCGUGGUGGUCCAGCCACCUCGGGGGAGCCACCGCAGAUGGCCGGCCCCAGCUGGUGAUCCAGGCCAGUCCCACGGCUCAGCUGCCACCCCGCUGCCGAGAGCCUUCGGCCCCUCCACGAUGGUGCCCUCACCCGAGGACCCAGGCCCCGAUCUGGAGUGCAGACGGCCUUUCCUGAGCACGAACGUUCUGCCUGUGGUGGAGCGAUGUAUGCGCGCCAUGCAGGCGGGGACGCAGAUGGUGAAGCUCCGGGGCAGCUCCAAGGGCCUGGCCCGCUUCUACUUCCUGGAUGAGCAUCGCUCCUGCAUCCGCUGGCGGCCCUCACGCAAGAACGAGAAGGCCAAGAUCUCCAUCGACUCCAUCCAGGAGGUGAGCGAGGGGCGGCAGUCAGAGGUCUUCCAGCGCUGCCCCGACAGCAGCUUCGACCCCAACUGCUGCUUCAGCAUCUACUACGGCAGCCACCGAGAGUCGCUGGACCUGGUCUCGCCCAGCGGCGACGAGGCGCGCACCUGGGUCACCGGCCUGCGCUACCUCAUGGCCGGCAUCCGCGACGAGGACAGCCUGGCCCGCCGCCAGCGCACCCGGGACCAGUGGCUGAAGCAGACGUUUGACGAGGCCGACAAGAACGGCGACGGCAGCCUGAGCAUCGGGGAGGUCCUGCAGCUGCUGCACAAGCUGAAUGUGAACCUCCCGCGGCAGAGGGUGAAGCAGAUGUUCAAGGAAGCAGACACAGAUGACCACCAGGGGACGCUGGGCUUUGAGGAGUUCUGUGCCUUCUACAAGAUGAUGUCCACCCGCCGGGACCUCUACCUGCUCAUGCUGGCCUACAGCAACCACAAGGACCACCUGGGCGCCGCUGACCUUCAGCGCUUCCUGGUGGUGGAGCAGAAGAUGACGGGCGUGACCCUCGAGAGCUGCCGUGACAUCAUCGAGCAGUUCGAGCCCUGCCCGGAGAACAAGAGCAAGGGGACGAUGGGCAUUGACGGUUUCACCAACUACACUCGGAGCCCCGCCGGCGACAUCUUCAACCCGGAGCACCGCCGAGUACACCAGGACAUGACGUGGCCGCUGAGCCACUACUUCAUCACCUCGUCUCACAACACCUACCUCGUGGGCGACCAGCUCAUGUCCCAGUCGAGGGUGGACAUGUACGCCUGGGUCCUGCAGGCCGGCUGCCGCUGCGUGGAGGUGGACUGCUGGGAUGGGCCUGACGGGGAGCCCAUCGUGCACCACGGCUACACUCUGACCUCCAAGAUCCUCUUCAAAGACGUCAUUGAAACCAUCAACAAAUACGCCUUUGUCGAGAACGAGUACCCAGUGAUCCUGUCCAUCGAGAACCACUGCAGUGUCGUCCAGCAGAAGAAGAUGGCCCAGUAUCUGACCGGCAUCCUUGGGGACAAGCUGGACUUGUCAUCAGUAAGCAGCGAGGAUGCCACCAUGCUACCCUCUCCGCAGAUGCUCAAGGGCAAGAUCCUGGUGAAGGGCAAGAAGCUCCCAGCCGACAUCAGCGAGGAUGCUGAGGAGGGCGAGGUGUCUGAUGAGGACAGCGCAGACGAGAUCGAUGAUGACUGCAAGCUCCUCCACGGGGAUGCCUCCACCAAUCUGAAGCGUGUGGAAAACAUUGCCAAGAGGAAACUGGAUUCCCUAAUGAAAGAGUCGAAGAUUCGGGACUGUGAGGACCCCAGUGACUUCACCGUGUCCACGCUGCCCCCGCCUGGCAAACUCGGGCACAGGGCAGAGGCCAAAAAGGCCGAGGAGGACGUGGAGUCUGGGGAGGAGACCGGAACCAGCAGACAGAACAGCCGGCUCCUCGUGGGCAGCUUCUCCAAGCGCAAGAAAAAGAGCAGCAAGCUGAAGAAGGCAGCCAGCGUGGAGGAGGGGGACGACGACCUGGACUCCCAAGGCAGCCAGAGCCGAGGGGCCGCCCGGCAGAAGAAGACCAUGAAACUGUCCCGGGCCCUCUCAGACCUGGUCAAAUACACCAAGUCCGUGGGCAUCCACGACGUGGAGAUGGAGGUGGCGUCCAGCUGGCAGGUGUCUUCCUUCAGCGAGACCAAGGCCCAGCAGAUCCUGCAGCAGAAGCCGGCUCAGUACCUGCGCUUCAACCAGCACCAGCUCUCUCGCAUCUACCCCUCCUCCUACCGAGUGGAUUCCAGCAACUACAACCCGCAGCCCUUCUGGAACACCGGCUGCCAGAUGGUCGCCCUGAACUACCAGUCGGAGGGGCGGAUGCUCCAGCUGAACCGGGCCAAGUUCAGCGCCAACGGCAGCUGCGGCUAUGUGCUCAAGCCCCGGUGCAUGUGCCAGGGCGUCUUCAACCCCAACUCCGAGGACCCUCUGCCCGGUCAGCUCAAGAAGCAGCUGGUGCUUCGGAUCAUCAGUGGGCAGCAGCUCCCCAAGCCGCGGGACUCCAUGCUGGGGGACCGAGGGGAGAUCAUCGACCCCUUCGUGGAGGUGGAGGUCAUCGGGCUCCCCGUGGACUGCAGCAAGGAGCAGACGCGCGUGGUGGACGACAACGGAUUCAAUCCCAUGUGGGAGGAGACCCUGGUAUUCACGGUGCACAUGCCUGAGAUAGCGCUGGUGCGCUUCCUCGUCUGGGACCAUGACCCCAUUGGGCGCGACUUCAUAGGCCAAAGGACGCUGGCCUUCAGCAGCAUGAUGCCAGGCUAUCGGCACGUGUACCUGGAGGGGAUGGAAGAGGCCUCCAUCUUUGUCCACGUGGCCGUCAGUGACAUCAGUGGUAAGGUCAAGCAGGCUCUGGGCCUAAAAGGCCUGUUCCUCCGAGGCCCAAAGCCCGGCUCCCUGGACAGUCAUGCUGCUGGGCGGCCCCCGCCCCGGCCCUCUGUUAGCCAGCGGCUCCUGCGGCGCACGGCCAGCGCCCCAACCAAGAGUCAGAAGCCGGGCCGCAAGGCCUUCCCGGAGCUGGUCCUGGGCCCGCAGGACGUGGGCUCUGAGGGGGAGGCCAGCGAUGCGGCACCCUCCAGCCCCGGCCCCGCUCCUGAGGCCCCGGCCCUGGAGGAGCCGGGCAGCCGCAGCCCUCGAGACGCCCACCCCUCCUCCUCCCUGUGCAGCCUGGAAACCAUUGCCGAGGAGCCAUCCCGGGGUCCUGGGCCCCCGCUGCCGGGGGCCGUCCCCCACAGCCACGCCCCUGGAGGGCCCCAGUGCUCUGCCGGGCCCGGCACCAGCUCGGCGAGCCCCCCAGGGGCGGCUCUGGGAGCUUCCGGGCCCCUCCAGCUCGGGACCGGGAGCCAAGGGAACGCUGAGCCAGCCCCCGAAAGCAGGCAGUGGGCGUGCCACGGCGGGGGCCCUGCUGGGGCCUGCAAGGGGACCCCCGGUAGCCAGACGGACGGCAGGGGCCACCCCCGGGCUCUGGGCCAUGUGCCCAGAAGGGCCAAGAGCGAGGGGCAGGUCCCCUCGGAGUCCCUGGGUGGACGGUGGCCCCUGGCCGGGCCCCGCCCCGUCGUGUCCUUGGAUGCCACUGGCAGUGACCAGCUGUGGCAGCCGCUGGAGCCAGGCAGCCACUGUGGCAGCGUGUCCUCGUCCUCCAGCCUGUCGUCUGGUGACACGGUCAUCGACCUCUCCCUGCAGGGCCUGGGCUUGGGACUUGAGAGCCUCCCAGGGGCCCCGGCGGGACGCCUGCCCCUGUGGCCCUGCUCGGCCUCGGCCGCCCGCCCGGACCUGCCCGCUGUGACCAAGAGCAAAUCCAACCCCAACCUGCGGGCUGCGGGCCGGCUGCCUGUGGGGCCUGACGAGCUGCAGCCCCGCCCCCUGGCCCCGUGGCCGCCCUGGGCCCGCCACCCCCGGGUGGGCCUCCCGGACUGCACUGUGGCUGCCAAGUCCAAGAGCCUCGGGGACCUGACCGCGGACGACUUUGCCCCCCGCGCGGGGAGCCUGGGCCGCGGCCUGGGCCUGGCCGGGGAGAGGCCGGCAGGGCGGGGCGCGCGGCCGGACGCCCUGACGGAGCAGCUGCGCAGGCUCACGGGCUUCCAGCAGGCCGGGGGCAUCACACCGCCCGGCGGCGGGGGCCCGGCUGGGGAGGGGGCAGCGGGGGGCCUGGGCUUCCUGCGGCGCUCCUCCUCCCGCAGCCGGAGCCGUGUGCGCGCCAUCGCCAGCCGGGCCCGCCGGGCCCAGGAGCGGCUGCGGCGGCUGCAGGGCCCGAGGGGCCCCCCAGAGGAGGAGCGGGGCACCCCUGAGGGCGCCUGCUGCGUGGGCCGGGAGGGCUGUGGAGAUGCGCCGGCCCCCGCCAAGGGCGCCACCAGCCAGCUGUCGGGUGCUGCCGCCACCGGCCUCCUGCUGAGGCUCUGAACAGCCCUCCCUGCAGCCCAGGGCUCGGCGGGGCCGGCGACCGCUCGGGAUGCGGAGCUGCCGCCCCCGAGGCUGCCCGCCUGUCCGGUGCGGCUGUGCCCCUCGGCCCUGCCCCUCCUCCGGGGAGGAAGGAGCCCGCCCUGGGGCAGGGCAGGGCAGGGUUUUCACGACCUUUUAAGAUCCAUGUACACGUAGAGAGAUAUUUAAACUUUUAGAGGCAGAGCUUCUACAAUAAGAAAACGGUGCCGUGUCCUUUUCCACCUUCCCCUGGUUUCAGCUGCGGGGCGUGUGCGGGCGCGCGUCUGCCGGGCCCCGCCACGCGAGGCGCCCAGAGUGACCUGGAGCGUGGCCACCCCGCCCCGACUGCUGGCUGGUUCCGCGCACACUCUGCUCUGUACGGGACGUUGUCGACUCGUGUAACCUCCUGAACACAACGCCAAUAAACACGCUUGCGCUUUGCUCCG